GGCUGUGGAAUAUUCUUCGAAGAACUUUUUCCCGUAGAGUCAAACCAUGCUGACUUUGUAAUAAAGUGAAAUUGCGGAUCUUCCGUUGUUUACGUCUGUAUAAGACAGUUUUCGAAAAGAAUUAUUAUCUGUGUCGUUGUUGAUUUUUAGGAAGAUUUAGAUGUUUCACCUGCGCCAAUUGUAACCGGCCGUUUUGUUUUGACUUUUAAAAUUUCACUACCAAACGAUUUUGUUCGAAAAUGAUUUAUUUGUGGAACUGGCAUCUCUUUUGUAGAUUAACUUGUUAAAUACCAAAUGGGCUGAAGACUUAUUUGCCAGUUUUGUCUUCGAUUGGAUUGCAAGUGACUUGAUUACGGACGAUUUAACAUUGUGGUCUCCUUUAUAGAAGAAAAAGAACAAUGAUUUUUUAAGAAAAAUAAUCUAUGUAUUUAUCAUUACCUAGUCACAUCGAGUUCUAAUAAAUAGUAGCAUUUAUCCUCGAAAAUAUAUUUAUUAUUUAUUACUGUGGAUUAGUUUCUGGCAGGAAUUAUCUCUAGUCUCGUUGUACAAAAUAGGAAAUAUCUUGUGUACAAAUAUAUAAUUUUUUUGAUCAAAAGGUUCGAUAGUGUUUAUUUAAAUUUGAUCGUCAUUCCAAACCUCCUCCAAGAAAGUUGAAAAAAUUUUUUGGUGUUUUCCGCUGUGAUACUAACGUUGACAAAAUGAUGCUAGCACCUAAGCCAAAACUUAUUGCUCCGAAACCUCCCAAAGAUAUACCACCACAGGUUCCACCUCUGACGCCAGGAACCAACCAGAAGAUGACCCAGGCUCUUAGAGCAAGCUUCAAAGGUUGGGAAAUGGACAGAGCUCAGAGAAACAUACCAAAAGAUCCAAGACUAUGGAAAGAAUCGGAUGUCACCCACUGGUUAGACUGGGCCACCCGGGAGUUCAGCCUGACUGGAACGGCCGUGACGGACAUCAACAUGACCGGAAAAGAGAUGUGCUCCCUCUCCAAAGAAGCCUUCCUCAACAGGUUUCCUCCAUUUAUGGGAGACAUCCUCUUCGAACAUUUAGACAUCUUGCAGAAAGACGUUGAAAAAGAAGCCCAACCAAAUCUCGAAAACGUUCCAGCCAACCUGUACGAGUCCGUAUGCAUGCCUGAUUUCAACGAAUUCUUCCAACAAGGGGAAAAUUUCUCCCUCCAGAACAACAAGAACACCACCGCUAUGAAUAACAACGGCAGCCAGCAACAGUACAUAGACAAUGGCUACAACCAUGUUGCUCAUUCAAUCCAUGGCUUGCAUGAUGUUACUCAUGAUGAUAUGCUUCACUAUGAAGAUAACCAUGACUAUGGAUUAGAAACUCCUAAUGCUCAUAAUCAUUACAUUGACAGCAGUCCAGAAUUUUAUCCCAAUCAGCCAUCAUUAAGUAUUGGCCAGGAAACAAAGUUUCAACCAGCAUACCAUGGGAAAAACUUUGCCAGAGGUCGAUAUACUCAGCAUGACUUGGGUCUUCCAGAAGGAUACAAUUCUCACCACCAUUAUGAUACAGCAUUCCAGACUGUACCAUCUUCAGUACCACCUUCACCUGAUCAGUGGCCUGCUGACCUAAGUCAUGGUACACCUAACGGGCACCACACAUCCCACCAAACGCAUCCGGCCUUUGCUCCUCUGCAUACCAGGGAAUCUCCUUUAUCCCACUUGGGUCAUGUGCAAAAUGCAUCACCUGCUCAUGUUCAGCAAGGCUGUGAUGUGAAACCUGUGAUACAAGCAGCCGUCCUAGCUGGAAGUGGGCCCAUUCAGCUAUGGCAAUUCUUAUUGGAACUUCUCACUGACAAAUCCUGCCAGGGAUUCAUCAGUUGGACUGGAGAUGGCUGGGAAUUCAAGUUGACCGACCCUGAUGAAGUGGCUAGACGCUGGGGAAUUCGCAAGAACAAACCUAAAAUGAACUAUGAGAAGUUGAGCCGUGGACUGAGAUAUUAUUAUGACAAAAACAUUAUUCAUAAAACUGCUGGGAAGCGAUAUGUGUACCGUUUUGUGUGUGAUUUGCAGAACCUCCUUGGUUACACUCCUGAAGAGUUGCAUGCCAUGGUUGAUUUGAAACCUGAAAAGAAGGAUGAUGAAUGAAUUGGGUGAUUGUAUUUCAGGCCAUAAGAUAGCUGUAUUCUGUACCUUUAACCACCGGAGCCUAAAAUGUUCUUUCAAUGGCCAACUUUUAUUGUAAGCCCAGUCCCCUUAGUGAUAUUUCAAAGGCUUUUUGAUUACGUAUGCUUCCCAUAUGCAUGUCUUGAUCGUGUACCUUUCUAGUCUAGCCAAGGAUGCUAAAGAUUAAGACCACAAGAAAUAAAUAUAAUUUCAAUAUAUUGCCUUUGGUUUGAUGUUUCAAUUUGUUUAUGCUUUUUCCAAUUGUCUCUCAUAUUCAAAGACUUAGAUUUUUUUCUCAAUUUAGCAAUAAAGCUAUUGAUAAGAACAGGGCUAACUUCUUUUUUUAUAUAUACUUUUUAAUGUGUAUGGAUUUUCUUGUGUUUUAUGUUUGAUGUCUGACCUUUAGUCUUAUAUUAUGAUCUCAAAAAGAAUUAGUCUUUAAAUGCUUCUUUUAUGGCAUUUUGAUUUAUCGACCAAAGUUGAAAAGAUAGACAUGGGAAAAAUACAUGUGUGGUUAACUAGCCAAAGUGAUACUACAAUAUUGUUAAAUGACUGAGAUUCAAAGAAAGAUUUGGUUAUAAUUAUAAAACUAUAUUGGUAUUAAAAUUAAUCUUUUAUGACACCACCUCUUAUGCUAAUGUAGUAUCACAAUCUUGUUUCAAUAUUUAAACUGAUUGUUCUAUAUGAAAAAGGGUUUUAAUGCCGAGUUGGCUACAUGGAAUAUCUGUGCUCUCCCAGUGAUUAUUGUUCUCAAUAUAGCUGUGAGAACAUUGUAGAAUUUUGCUUAUCAUGCUUUUUAAAUAAUUGUUUGUUGUUUACAAAGCUUUUAAAGUGGCUUAGUAGGUUCAGUGUAGAUUUUUGAUGUUGUUAUACUGUAUGAAUGUGAGCUGAAUGCGGCUCUGUGAUGCUGCUUUCUUUUGUGUAAAUGUUGUCAAGUAAUGAUGUUGCAUGUUGCUGAAAAUGUUUGUUUACUUAAUUUCAUCCUUCUUCAUUGAAUAAAACAAUAACAGUUUCAUAGCAGUGUCAUAAUAUUAAUUUACUCAACAAAGAAAAAAAAAAUCAUCUGUCACUUUUUUUUUUUUGGAACUUUAUCAGUAUUUUCUUAUGUACUAUCCUUUUCAUUGCUAUAACAAUAACUCAAUUAUGACAAAUUAUCUCUGUAAAUAUAUAAAAAUUAUCAUCAAAUCGUUAUAUUUUCUGUGAUGGCUUAAAAAUGUUUUGCAGGGAGAUAUUUAGAGUAUACUGUAGAAUUAACAACACUAAAUCCGAUUAUGUAAAUGGUUAACGGUUGCACUUAUAUCAUCUUGUAGAGCACUUAUUUUAAUAAAAACUUUAUAGAUUAAUUUAUUCUGUAUUUUAUUGCUUCAAAAAUUAUAUUUUAUGACAUUACAUGAAAAUGGUGUAAUAUUUUAUUUCAGGUUACAAUUAUUCUUAUUGGAAUUUGUAUUAUCUAAACUAUAUGUAUUUAUUUUUCAAUUACAUUUGCAUUUUAACUAUAUCUGUAUCAUUCUGUAACUUGAUUAUUAGACAGAAUGGAGAUGCAUUAUUUCAGAAUAUUCAUUUUAGAAAUUGCACAAAAUAAUGAAUGUUAGGCAGUGAAAAACUGAAAUAAUAUCUAUGUGUAUAUGUACAUAUAUAUAGCUGAUGAUGUUACAGGUAGUAUUGUAAAUUGGAGAAAUUUUAACCUUUUGGAAAUGUUAUGUCAGAUACAAUCUUAGAUAACAUUUGUUUGAAACAGAAAGAAAAUAUUAUUUAGAGUAAAUUAUAAUUGCAAAUAUAUAUCUAUUGUUGUAUGUGCAUUGAUAUUCGGAAACUCGUGUACAUUUUUAUGCUUUAUACUAUAAAACUACAUCCAAACUAAUUUUUAAAGCUUUGAGUUAUCAUUUGCAAAUUUAGUUUUCAACUUAUUUCUUUUUUUAAAUUCAAAUAAACAUAAUUAUAAUAAAAUAUAUGGUAUAGAAAUAAUAAUUUGUAUGACAUUUAAUUAUUUUCUGGUUUAUUAAUAUUUCUAAGAAAAAGAAAAAUUUCUCUAUCUCAGAUGCAUUGACUUACAGUUUAAUGGUGCUAUGAAAAUAAACGUUUGUUGAUUGAUCAGUAUUUUAGAAAAAGUUCUAAUUAACAAAUACAUGAGGUUUUGAUUUGAAAAUUAACAUCUAUAUUUUUUCAUUUUAAAAAUUGAAUUGAUAUUAAAUCUAUAUUAUAUAUAAAUUAUUAUGUGCAUAAUUAUGCUUUAUUGUAUAAGCAUCUUACAGAUGAAUGCUGCUUUAUUAAUAAUUUCAUUUUAUUUGUAAGAAAAACAUUGAAACUGUUUUUGAUCAGAAUAUAAUUAAAAGCUGUUACUGUGCAGCUCUGUUAUGUCUUUUUCUGUUGCGUUACUAUGUCUUUGCUAGUUAUUAACUGGCUAAAAAUUUGUGAAGCAUUUUGUGUAAUGGAAGAUAUUACAAGCAAUAUUAUUAUAUUUAAAUAUUGAUGAAAUCAGUUCUAAUUUGUAAAGAUGUAAAGUUCGUCCUUUUUCCUGUAUCAACUCUAAAUUUAAUAAAUGAAUUAAGCAAAAGUUUGAAAUACCUUUUAUCUUUAGUACAACAUAUUAAUAUGAAAAAAUAAAUGUUGGUGUUACAUUCAGUGUUGAUAAGUGCCUUAAAUACUCUUUCUACUGUUAUUGCAUUAUAAAAUCAAAUAGGGAGAGAUAAUUGUCAUUGUGUUUUGAAAUGAUGAUGUACUUUGCUGCUAUUAUCCAGAGUUACAAAAUAUAGAUAAAAAUUGUCUUCCAGAGCUUUCUUGUCAUCUUGAACGCACAUGUAUGCUCUGGAAAGUUGAGCCAUUUACAUUACAAAUAAAAAUUCUUUGCAAUUGAA